UGCCCCGCCCCCCUUUGCACCCUGAUUUGUGCGCAUGCCUCAAUACUGUUCCUUUUAGCAGCGCAGCACGUGUUGAGGUGAAUUGGUGAGCAGGAGGAGAAUGAGUUCUACUAAGCAGCAGAAGACAGGCUCGUCGACAACGGCCAAGAAAGAUGCUUUGAAAGCUAAGAAGGCUGUCCUGAAGGGCAAGCACACUACCCUCAAGAGGAAGAUACGCACUUCCGUGCGCUUCUAUCGGCCCAAGACUCAAAAGAAGUCAAGACAGCCCAUGUACCCACGUCGCUCUGCCCCCAGACGUGCACGAAUGGACCAUUAUGCCAUUAUUAAACACCCCCUCACGACGGAGUCAGCUAUGAAGAAGAUAGAAGACAACAAUACUCUUGUAUUCCUUGUCAACCUUCGUGCCAAUAAACCACAGAUAAAGCAGGCUGUCAAGAAACUGUAUGACAUAGAUGUGUUAAAGGUGAAUACUCUCAUCAGGCCUGAUGGACAAAAGAAAGCGUAUGUUCGUCUAGCUCCAGACUAUGAUGCUCUUGAUGUAGCCAACAAGAUCGGCAUCAUUUGAGCAAGACUUGGCAGAAUAACUGUACUUUAUUAUGUGUGUGCACUUGGUGUACAAACAAUUAUUGUGACAAAAAAACAUUUUUCAAGACUAAAA